CAACCCCCCGGCCCGAUCGUCCACAUACUUUCCUAUUUUCUCAUUCUACACAAAUGGGAAAAGGACAAACAGACAGGACUACUCAUGAUUCUCCAUUUUAUCAUUGUUUCCAAGUAUCUGUUUGGAUGUGGAUUACCUCAAGCGUUUUGUAACUUUUACAUAGAAUAUCCUCUCAAGUAUAUUUUCCAGUCCCUUUCUUCAAAACGCUAUCCUAUGAUCAUAGCCUCUUUGAACCUUUACUACUUUCCCCAAGGAAAGUAAUGAGCCGUCCGUCAAUAACUCUUUUUAUAUCCCAACAUUCAAUAGACACAUACAUCCCAGGGCCAGAUAGCUGGGUAUUGCAACAUCACUGCCUCAUUCGAAUUGACAUCUUCCCCACGCAUACAUUCGUGGAUCAAUAGCACUGCCGAAGAUCUGACAGCUUGCUCUGAUUCUCGAAACUCGUCAAGUGGGACUUGUCUGAUGAGCUUAUUACCUCUCAAGAGAAAAUAGACACAGACAAUUGUUCUUGGAUUGACCCGCUCACCGCAUUUACCUCUAGUCUCUCUCUCCUCCACAAAGAGGGCAAGACCAAGUACCAAGUACCCAGCGGAACAUAAAAAGAACCAGGGAAAGAUACCUUCUGUCGAUCCCUUCUGAAGAGAUUCAAGUGCAAGUUUUCGCCCCGCUCUGAGAGGUCUACCUAUCAUCUACCUAUCCCCCGAGCAGCGUAGUGCACACGAUAUUCUUAUGCAGCACCCCUCCUCAAGGUUUGCGACUACAAGCAUCUAUCCACAAGCAUCCUCGACGAGACUAAAAUCUCCAAUUCUUUAAUUCCUCAAUUCUCCAAUUAUCGAAAGCCUUGACUCGACGUUCUUCAUUCUCAAAAGGAAACUACUCAUCUCAGUACCAUUCAAGGAUUACCCCACCAACCAUCAUCCUUGAAUACUCCUUCCCUUCCAUCCUUAAAGCUUUGUCUUCAGCAGACCGAAGCACAUAAGUAACGCUGAUCCCGCCGGCUGUCACUUCACUGAUCGACUCUUCCUUACCUCUUGAACUCUUAUUAUCAACAAUAUACGACUAUUACGCGGGAUCUUGCAUCUGAUCCACGUUUUUUAUUUCAUACUACAUUAUUUUUUACCACCAAUAUAGCAUACUCUCUCGGCGCCGUUCGGUUACUUGGAAGCUUUUUUAAACUUUGUUGCAAAAGAUGACAAUGACAAUGGACAACCGACCACCUUUCCAGGGCGGUAUGCACUUCAGCAACAACCACCACUUGCCAUAUGCAAAUCCAUCAGCUAUCUCAUUCAACAACGUUGCAUGGCCAGCAACGACGGCUACCUCUGCAGGCCCUAGCAUUUAUGCUUCGACUGGUGGUAACGAUGCGGGUCUGGGAAUUGAGGGGAUUGAAAGGCAACCAAAUGCACGCUUGAAUGUAUCUACGGGAUCGUACAAUAUCCCAGUCACUGCGGCAUCAGCAGGUAACAUCUUUACGGGUUUCUCUGGAGCACAACAGGAUUUACUCACCAGUCAACAAGAUAUGAUGAGCCCCAGCCGUUCCUUACCACCUGGAUAUGGGAGCGAUUCCGGGUAUAACAGUGCACCAUCGCCUGCUCAUACUACUUAUACCUCCGCGCCGUCGCCAUAUGAUGGGAUGGGCUACGCCCCGGCACCGCCGCCGGCUGUGCGAUCAUCCUAUCCCAUUCAGCAACAGGAUCAUUCCAGGCGACUCUCACAACCGUCAGUAUCUUCAAAUUCAUUGUUCGAUAUCCCUACCGAUGCGCCGCGGUCCCACCGUCAGAAUUCACUUAUUGACUUUAAUGACAGAGGAUUACCAAAUACUGACAAUACCGGAUUUUCACGAGACUCAACACUCGAUGGCGCAAGGGGCAUGCUUGCCAUGAGCCAAAACACUACACCCAGAAAUAUUUAUGGAGGUCCCCCACGACUUGGCAGAGGAUCCGGCGAUUCAUACGGUUUCCCCGCAACACAUUCGUCAAAUUCAUCUAUCUCUUCAGCAAGCACCUCCUAUCCAUAUUACGGCUCCGUUGAUUCUUCAGUUUCCGAUUACUCGAAUGGUUCUGAUAUAGAAUCGGUGUCAGCGAGGACAUUACCUCCACCGGGUGGUAUUCUUGGUGGUGGAAUUCCUCCUGCACCUCAAUCAAUGAUGGGCCAAUUCAGCUCAAAGGUAUCUUCAAGUACACUUAAGAAGCACAAAUGCAAGAUCUGCGAGAAACGAUUUACGCGACCAAGUUCUUUGCAAACACACAUGUAUAGUCAUACUGGGGAGAAGCGUAAGUCAUCCCACCUUGAUGUCACCAUGGUUCUAAAUCUAAUUGAAAAUAGCAUUCCCUUGCGAUGUUGAAGGUUGCGGCAGACAUUUCUCAGUCGUUUCCAACUUACGAAGACAUAAGAAAGUACACAAGGGCGACGCAAGAUCGGAAGCUGGUUCCGAAGAUCAUCAAUCACCAGAAUAAAUUUUCACACCUUUGACCUUGUACACUACCUCUUACACACAUUACGCUCUGUUCAUAUCACCUCUUUCACGAACAUAGACGACCGCAAAGAUAAUUGGUCAAGAAGAAAAAGACUCGACGCAAAAUUGUUCGUCAUCAUGUCUCUUGCAUCAUUUCGAUAUACCAUUUUUUUUUUAUAAAAAUUGUUACGGAGAAGCCGUUCUUCGCGUUGACUAUCAAUUUGCGACUCUUAUCGAUUUGGGCACCCUUUUUUAUACACUUUUCUAUACACUUUUCAAUUUCGGGAACAGGCGGACUUCAUUUGAUCAAUAGCGAAAACCUUAUUUUCACUUCUAAUUCGAUCAUUACACGACCCUCGCAUACAUUUUACUUCGGGAAGUUAAUGCCUACUACCUUUAUCUUUGGUUUUUGGAGGCUCAACAAUUUUACUGCCGAGUAUGCAGAAGAAUAAAUGUGUUUUUACGGAUGGGCGUUGAAAAGGGUGUUUUGAUCUUUUCGGGAACUUUGCAUGUAACUUUGUCAGGGCAUCACUAGGGGGUUUUCCAUUGGGCACGUACAUUUCGGACGUGCCGUGUAUUGUUGUAUUAUUAGUUUGUGAGGUUACCUUCUUCUUCCAUUCGUUCAAUCAUUAUACCCACCUUUGCAAGAAGGACAGCAUUUUUUUUAUUUUAAUUAGGAUGGAUGGACGGAUGGAUGGAUGGAAUGGACAGCGGGUGGAUAGGGAUAGGUUUAGAUGGAUGGCUGUAUAGCUUGAACUGGAUGGACGGUUGGAUGCAUGGAUGCUUGGUUGGACCAUGGCAUGGAUUCAAAGGUCUAUACAUACAGUCACUACGGGCAUGGAAAGUAAU